CAGCUAUGUUCCCGUCACCGGGCCCACAUCAGAUCCAACAUACACUCUCUUCCCCCGACCUUCCUCCAUCAGUUUUAGCGGUGCCGGAGAUUCUUCCACCUCCCUUCGCCGCCGGUUCUUUUCUCACACAGCACCUGUAUACCCCCCUCUUCUUUGUAUAUAUAUACACACACACGCCGCCAUAUUCAUUUUGAUAAGUACGUAUUCUUUCACACAAGAGUUAGGGUUUAAUUCUUCCAUCACACCUCUCACUUCACUGUACAAACAUCCGUAAACAACAAACCACUCUGAAACUUUCAUCACAUCACAUUCGAGUAUUUCUUCUUCUUAAACUUCUUCUUCUUCUUCUUCUUAUUAUUAUAUUAUAUUAUAUUAUUAUUACUUUUUUUUAUAAAUAAAUAUGCCGGCGGCAAGGAGAAAAAAACACGGUGGAGGCGGUAAUUCCAAGAAACCAACAACUUCCAACCAGCAACAGCAACAGCAACCUGCGUCUAAAACCGACGACAAAUUCAAAACACAGAAGACAGAAAAAGAGGAAACAACCAACGCUUCGAAUAAUAAUAACAAUAUCAACAAUUUGAAGAAGAAGAAGAGGAGUAAACGGUCAUGUAUAGAUAACUGUUGUUGGUUGAUAGGAUUCAUAUGUUCAACCUGGUGGUUUUUGUUGUUUUUGUACAAUGCUAUGCCAGCAUCGUUUCCACAGUACGUGACGGAGGCGAUAACCGGGCCGACACCCGACCCGCCCGGUGUGAAGUUGGAUAAAGAGGGGUUAAAGGCGAAGCAUCCGGUUGUUUUUGUACCCGGGAUUGUGACCGGUGGGCUUGAGUUGUGGGAAGGGCGCCCGUGUAUGGAUGGCUUGUUUAGGAAAAGGCUUUGGGGUGGUACCUUUGGUGAGGUGUAUAAAAGGCCCUUGUGCUGGAUUGAUCAUAUGUCACUGGAUAAUGAAACUGGGCUGGACCCCCCUGGUGUACGGGUCAGGCCCGUAUCUGGACUUGUGGCAGCCGAUUACUUUGCUGCCGGAUAUUUUGUAUGGGCAGUUUUGAUUGCAAAUUUGGCCCGCAUCGGGUAUGAGGAAAAAAACAUGUAUAUGGCUGCUUAUGAUUGGAGGCUCUCAUUUCAGAAUACCGAGGUACGAGAUCAAGCUUUAAGCAGGAUGAAAAGCAAUAUAGAACUCAUGGUAGCGACAAGUGGUGAAAAGGUGGUUGUAAUUCCACAUUCUAUGGGUGUUCUUUACUUCUUACAUUUCAUGAAAUGGGUCGAAUCACCAGCUCCGAUGGGUGGUGGUGGUGGAUCAAAUUGGUGUGCUAAGCAUAUAAAAGCCGUGAUGAAUAUUGGUGGGCCCUUUUUAGGGCUUCCAAAAAUAGUUGCAGGGCUUUUUUCUGCUGAAGCUAAAGAUAUUGCUGUCGCCAGGGCUGUUGCACCUGGUGUGCUUGAUUUAGAUAUAUUCGGUUUUCAAACAUUACAACAUGCGAUGAGGAUGACACGCACGUGGGAUUCGACGAUGUCGUUAAUACCAAAAGGUGGGGAUGCUAUCUGGGGUACACUAGAUUGGGCCCCAGAUGCUGACCAUGUCUGUGUUGCUAAGAAAAUUAAAAAGAAUGAUACUCAAACAGCAGGUGAAAACGGAGCGGGUUUUGAUGAUUUUAAAUCUCAUAAUUAUGGGAGAAUUAUAUCAUUUGGGAAAGAUGUUGCUGAUUUACACUCAUCAAAAGUUGAGAGGGUGGACUUUAAGGGUGCUGUAAAGGGUAAUAACUUUGCAAACAAAUCAUGUCGAGACGUAUGGAAUGAAUAUCAUGAAAUGGGAGUUGGAGAUAUCAAAGCUGUUGCAGAUUACAAAGCUUUUACCGUCGAAUCCGUUUUGGAACUUUUGGAAUUUGUGGCACCAAGGAUGAUGAAGCGUGGCGGUGCUCAUUAUUCUUAUGGGAUAGCUGAUAAUUUAAAUGAUAAAAAAUACGAGCAUUAUAAGUACUGGUCAAAUCCCUUAGAAACCAGAUUACCAAAUGCGCCCGAGAUGGAGAUUUUUUCUAUGUAUGGAGUUGGUUUACCCACCGAAAGAUCAUACGUUUAUAAAUCUAGUCCAGCCGCAGAGUGCUACAUUCCUUUCCAGAUUGACGCGUCAGCAGAUGGUGGAAACGAUCAAGGCUGCUUAAGAUCCGGGGUGUAUUCCGUUGACGGGGAUGAAACAGUUCCCGUUUUGAGCGCAGGUUUCAUGUGUGCAAAAGGGUGGCGGGGAAAAACACGGUUUAAUCCUUCGGGGAUUAAAACGUAUGUAAAAGAAUAUAAUCACGCCCCGCCUGCAACCCUUUUGGAGGGAAGAGGGACACAAAGUGGAAACCAUGUUGAUAUAAUGGGGAAUUUUGCGUUAAUUGAAGAUAUUAUAAGAGUUGCGGCUGGAGCCACUGGGAAUGAUCUGGGAGGAGAUCAAGUUUAUUCUGAUAUUUUUAAAUGGUCUGAAAGGAUUAAGUUGCGACUGUAAAUACAAUCGAUGCCAAGGCAAAAUAUCAAACAAUGAUCAGAUUAAACGAAGAAGCUUCUUGGAGUUGGCAUACAGGUGGCAGUUUGAAUGCAGAUGAUGAUCAAGCCGAGACGGGGAAACAAUCUAAUUAAAAUCAAGCUUGUCGACAUGUGUAAAUAUCUACCUUAUAUACUCCCCCAUAUAUUACUAGAAGUUUGGUUUUUAGAGUGUAAUCAGAUAGAAGUAGCAUGUAUGUAGUUCGUUAGCUACAGGUAGAAAAAAUGCUGUCAUAAAACAAGCACCAAAAUUCAAUUUGCAUCUUCCAAUUUUUUUUA